GUUUUAGCUAUCGAAACCGGGUGUGUUUGACAUAUUUACGAGGGUGUUCUUCAUGGCGUAUUUAGAAAGUCCGCUCAUGAGGGGAAGAUUUGGAUUGAAAUCUAUUCUCGUCACCCUGCUUUUCGUUUAUACUGUUUCAUCUCAGGAUGUUGCUAAUACAACUCAGCAGAGUACAACAACCCUUCCUGCAAUUCACGAGAGAAUAUUCAACAGAAUACCAGAAGGAAACAACACUGAAUCAAAUUGCGUCCUUCGGUACAGAACGUAUAAACAGUCAUAUCUCAGAUAUGUCAAGAUUCCAGAUCAUAGUCAUCACAGAACUACAUUCAGAGGGUGUUUGGAAAAAUGUUGUUUUAUAGAAGAUUUUCUAUGCAAGUCGUUCAGUUAUAUUAGGAUAACGAGACAAUGUUUUCUUAUGAACGUGACUCAACACGACAACAACGUACAGCUGGCUCAUUCUAAAAUUCACACUCACGUCGAAUUAGUAUUAGAAGAAGAACCUGAAGUCAGGGAUUUCGUACCGGACGAAGAUGAUUUUAUACAAGAAAAAGCGUUUUCGCCAACAAUUACAGGAAACAACAUAUUUACAUUGUCGACUGCAAUAACAAAGGUUCCAAAUACAGAAUUGACGACCGAAAACGACAUUGGUGAUGUUCAUCUACAAAACUUUACUCAGGUCAAUCUUGAAACAACAACUGAAGCUACUUUGCAAACACACUCCAUAAGAAGCACAACCAGUCCGCUUCCAGUUAUAAACUUAUUUGCGGAGUCGAGUCCGACAGCAAGCACAAGGGCAUAUUCUCAGUCUACACCCCUGGCUUCAUCUAAAACACGAGCGGCCAAUACACCAGAGCCAGCAGAAGAUACCACCAAAAUUGAAAUGACAUUUUCAGUAAAAGAAAGUAAUGAAUCCCACCAGGACGUGUCAUCUGACUCAGGUACUCCUAUCAAACGUACAACUGAACGUACCCCCAUCAAAAGUACAACUGAACGAACACCUAACAUGCACACGGACGUAUAUAUUAUAUCUGAAGGCAGUCAGCAAAGCUCGACAACACCGAAGGCACCAGUUACAAAUACCUUCCAGCCUUCUACCGUAAGUACAUUAUCAAAAGAACAAACGUUUAAGCCGUCGCAACCAAUCUCUCUAGAAUCACAAUUUUCCAUUUCUACGACCACGAAAGCACCAAUUUCAAAACUCUUCACCACUAAGAAGCCAAGAACACUAAAGGAAAUCGUUUCUAAUCCACCUGUCUCGACGAAAUCAGCAACAACCAAGCUCGUGUCAAAACUCACCGCACCACCUACGAACUAUCAUACUCCGGAGACCACUCAGCAAAUAGUCUCGCUCAACAAAAUUACACGCCCAACAUCGCAGUCAGCUCCGCGGACAAUUCCCAUUUUAAAAACAAACAAUAUUAGGCCCAUAUUCGCUACAAAAAUUAUGUACACGUCGCAUGGAGCUUCUUCAAGUCGUCAGUUCUUUACUGAAGCUAUUAAAACCUUGGAUAAUGAAACCAGUGCAACUACUCAACAAACUACGGCUUUGCCUAAAACAACAUUAGGGUCACAAUCAUUCAAUGCCAACAGACGCUAUAAUCUGAAUCUAAAGGCAAAUACUCAAAAUGGAGAUCCUCCGUCACAAACCAAGGCAGUUUUCGAAAAAACUACCUUAAUGACACCCACACAGUUUACUAAUACAGAUUUCAUAACAAGCACACUGUCCAAAAAUACUUCGCAAACAAGUGCCUUGACCAAAGAUGAGACCCGCGCCAAAACGCCAGGAUCAAAGAUGAAUAAUGUGUCGGGUUUAUCAACAAUUCCAAUGUCAACAAAACCUACGCAAUUCACAACCCAAGCUAUUAGGCCAAGUGAUUUUUCCACUAUGCUGACAGCAGAUCGAGAUCCAAGUGAUGCACCAUCAAGUAUAAAUAGUCCAACUGCUAGUAAUAUAACCGAAAGCACUGAUACGUUUGAUGCUACAAAGCAUAGUUUAUCAAAUAAAAUUGUGAAUACAACAAUCUACGCAGAGCAAAACUGGAUUACAACGCCGAGAUCUGCACCAAAUUCGACACAUCAAAAUCCCCUCACACAAGCUGAUACGCCAACAAAAGCGUCUUCAUUGAAAUCCAACCCUGACGUAAUGAUAACGGUUUUGCAGCCAGAAUUGUCUACGUCUAAUUAUCUUAUCACGCCAAAAAAAUAUGUGGCAACCACGAAGUCAACCACAGGGACAGAAUAUAAAUCUUCAAACAUACAGUCGGCGACAACAAGAAUACCCACUUCUGAACCGGUUGAAAAGUCUGUCAGCUUAAAAUCCCAUAAUAGGUCGAAACCAACACACCAUCCAGCAACGACCACAAGAAAAUCGACAGUUGCAUCACGACCAACGAACAGUCUAUCGGCGAGUAGAUUCGUUAGCACGUUUUCCACCACAAUAUCAAAUUUUCCGACGCCAAAAACCUCUUCGUCGAAAGUUAAACCUAGUGGGCCUACUACCAUGUCGACAUCUUCAAACAUACAGUCGGCGACAACAAGAAUAUCCACUUCAGAACCGGUUGAAAAGUCUGUCAGCUUAAAAUCCCAUAAUAGCUCGAAACCAACACACCAUCCAGCAUCGACCACAAGAAAAUCGACAGUUGCAUCACGACCAACGAACAGUCCACCGGCGAGUAGAUUCGUUAGCACGUUAUCCACCACAAUAUCAAAUUUUCCGACCCAAAAACCUCUUCGUCGAGAGUUAAUCCUAUUGGGCCUACUACCAUGUCGACAUCUUCGUCUAAUUUACCACAACGAAUGACUUCUACACGAGCAAAAACGUCAACAAAAGCGCGUACAAUGUCAACAAACUCCGAUACAAUGACUACAGGUUUGCAGCAAGAAUUGUCUACGUCUAAAUAUGCUAUAACGUCAACUAAACAUCUGGAAACCAUGAAAUCAACUCAAGGUUUCCCGUUGUCCAAAAUGAAAGAAUAUAAAUCCGCAACUACAAAGUCGCCCACCACGAAAAUCCCAACUUUGGAAACAUUGAAGACCGAAAAUUCAUUCAGCAUAAGAUCUACUAAUAGGCCAAAAUCAACACAUCCUCCAGCAACGACCACAAAAAAAUCAACAGUUGCAUCACGACCAAUGAACAGUCAAUCUGCGAGUAGAUUCGAAAGUACAUUAGCUAGCACAAUUCCAAAUUCCGCAAGACCAAGAACAACUUUAUCGAUAAUUAGUCCAGUAACUGAUUCACCGCGGACCAGAGCGUCGACACUCUUAUGGUCAAGAAAUUCAGUCUCGGUCAAAACUACAAAGACGUAUUCAGGAACCACAGUUUCUCCGUCUGAUGCAACCAAAAAGUACACUACCGCGUCAGAGUUGAAAACCGUAACUACAUCUACCAAAUAUUCAGGUGCCAACUAUACACAACAUGCAACACGUAUAGUUCCGACACCUGGUAUGGUGACUGGUAUUGCUUCAAUGAGUGGCAAAAUUCAAUAUGUUACAAGAAAAUCAACAGUAAUUGGCCCGCCGUUCGGAGAGAACGAGUCUUCAGAGAAAAAAUCUAACGAAACAAUGGUAGAGUCCAAAAUUACAGUCGUUCCAUCUAUUAUCACUGGGAGGGAAGGGGCAAUCAAAGAUCCCCCGAUUGCUCCUGGUGCAAGUAUUUUUUGCCAAAGACGAUGUGCGAACGGUGGAAAAUGUGGAUUCAGAUAUGUAGCUGAUGGAAGUUCACAAAAACAGGAAAUUUAUUGCAAAUGUGUACCUGGUUUUGUCGGCGACUUGUGCGAAAUUGAAGUGAAUUCGGCAGGAAGCGUUCCGCCAUGGCAUGUAGUUUUAAUAGCCAUUGCAAUCAUUUUUUUGAUAUUGUGCUGCGGCAUUUUGAUAAUGUAUGGGAUUUAUAGAAGACAUGCAGUUGGUCGAUAUGACGUUGAAAAAAGAUUUAGAGUUAGGCCUCUUGGCAACGGAAGCCUGAAUGAACUGACCGAAGACACAGGUGCGAGCAGAACAUCUUUGAGGUGGCAUGGCCAUGAUUCUAUGACUUUAUCAAGCACUUAUUCAACGACUGCAUCUGUGUGAUAUUGAAAUAAAAGCAAUCGUGCUGCAGUGCGGGUCGAGGAUUUUGAAAGGCGUCAACGGCAUACCAACCUAAAUCUCUGUAUGUAUAUCUUGGUCGCAGAAAUGAACAGUUUAAAGUCGUUUUUAAAUGUUUAAACCUCGAGAAUUUGGCGUGACAUAAGCAGUUUCACGAAGAGUUUCUUAUACAAUAAGGAACUCCGUGAUUGUAUCCAAAUCCUUAUCUCCUUUUUCCCACUCAUAACCCAACACAUUCUUCGUUUCUAUGAUGACAAAGAACGUAACUCAUUCUAUCAGCAUUAGUACCAAAAUUCAUAUGAUAUUUGAAGGCAAACCCUUCAUAAACAGUCUCCCUUAGAAAGUUUCUUCUUAAUUGUGUGGUUCACACUGGCUAUUUGGUUCAUGUAAUUUGUAGGAGAUGGGAAGCAAACAUUCAUUCUAUAUUGUAUAUCGUGAAGUUCGAAUUUAAGCAACG